AUGUUGCAUGACACCGAGGUGAUAUGGGACCCGUUCAGUCAGGACGACAUAGUCAAUGUAGGUGGAGAUGUCGGGUUGUCGGUGCAGUGCACAUACGACUCCGGUAUCUGGAUGACGCGUUGCAAGCUAGUCUUCGCACAUAUGGUAGAGCCAUACGAGCCUGAACGGGUCAUGCGGCAGUUUGGUCUUUUCCAGGAGGUACCGCCGCCCCCUCCUAGAGGGAUUUCACACGAUGUCCAUACGCAAACAAAUCAAGGCAAGAACCGACACAACUGGCGACUAGCAAAUCAAACUUGGAUACAGGCUUGGAGCGAUGCUUUAACCGACAUUGUCGACGAAGCUAGAGGUUACGACCCGCGAACAUACGAAGAAUACUUGGAGUGGUACGUCCAAAGCACGCGCGUGAGGCUAACACAAGGUCCACCACAGGGGCCUACUGAGCUCACGCACCAACAGCAGCAGGAAAGCGGCAUGGAUCGUGCCAUUGCGAGUCGUCGUGAUGACACGGUUGACAAGGCCAACAGUAUCAUGCUCGAUGCACAUGAUAUAAUUAAAGAGAACCCACCAAUACAUCAUCGCCUGAAGACAAAACUAAAAAAUAUUAUGGACAAUGCAAAGGACAUUGUUGCCAAUUGGAGUUGUGGCCGUGCCGAUGACGUCAACUUACGCGCAUACCACAUGCCAGAAGUCCGGUCGGCACGACCGAGUGAGGCACGCUCUUCACGGCCCAGUGAUGUGGAGACUGGUGGACGAGUAGACUCAACGUUGUUGCGUACGUCGUCGAGGACUCCUAUACAACGGUCUAUGUCCGGCGCUUCAAGAUUACAAAAUGUUACUCCUAUACAGCGGUCUCGGUCCGGCGCUUCACGAUUACAAAAUGUGCAGUAUGGCCUACAAACGACAUGGGAAGAGAGCCCGCCACAAGGGACUACUGGAGGGACCAUGGCAGGGUCCUCGUACAAUGCCCAGUUCACUGCUGCCGGAGGGACCAUGGCAGGAUCCUCGUAUGAUCAUGGCCAUGGAUAUGAGGCCCAUUUCACUACUCAUGGUGAAGAAGACUGGGGUUGGCGGACGGGCGAGACUCAUAACAAGUCCAUCAGCAGAUACCGUUCGAACUAUUCCAAGGGUACUCCUAUGGCGCACAGUCAUCGCAGGCGAUAUGAUAACUUCGAUUAA